AUGGGUCUAAUCACGUCCCGGGAACAAAAUAUGUUGGACGGACCGGUUGGUGCAGGAAAAAGCCACCAUGUACGACAGCCGUCCACCAGAAAUCGUACGAAGCCUCCUAUGCCUGACCGAGAUGAACUGGAGAACAGAUUCAUCAAAGUUUUGGCUUCAAUGGACCUACCACCGGACAAAGCAAAGCUUCUCCGCAACUACGACCUGGAGAAGAAAUGGGAGAUCAUCUGCGACCAGGACAUGGUGCAGGCGAAGGAUUCCCCAGCGCAUUACCUGAACAAGCUCCGGACAUACCUCGACCCGAAGGCGUCAAGGAGUCACAGGAAACGAAAAAUGGUGGGCGAUUCCACGUCUACGCAAGUAUUGAGGGAUUUGGAGAUAUCAUUACGAACCAAUCACAUUGAAUGGGUUCGUGAAUUCCUAAACGAACAGAACCAGGGUCUGGACGUGCUCAUCGACUACCUGAGCUUCAGGCUGAGCAUGAUGCGGCACGAGCAACGGAUAGCGCUUGCCCGGAGCCAAUCCAGCGAUGGUAUUCAUCAGGCUAACACCACAACAUCGGAUUGCAGUGGACCUACAGAAGGCAGCGCCACACUUAGUUCGACGUGGCGACGGCGAGCCAGGUCUGCUGAUUCUGAGAUAGAGGGCGCUGGCAGCCCGGCAGUGGCUAGGAGGCGGACGAGGCAUGCCGCAAGGCUCAACAUGGGUGCCUCCACUGAUGAUAUACACGUGUGCAUUAUGUGUAUGCGAGCUAUCAUGAAUAAUAAGUAUGGCUUUAACAUGGUGAUCCAGCACAGGGAAGCGAUAAACAGCAUAGCGUUAUCCCUCGUUCACCAUUCCCUCAGGACCAAAGCACUGGUGCUGGAACUUCUUGCUGCCAUCUGUCUUGUUAAGGGCGGUCAUCAAAUUAUACUAUCCGCUUUUGAUAACUUCAAGGAGGUUGUUGGUGAACCGAGGCGAUUUCACACGCUGAUGGAGUAUUUCAUGAACUAUGAUACGUUCCAUAUUGAGUUUAUGGUGGCAUGUAUGCAGUUUGUGAAUAUAAUAGUUCACUCAGUAGAAGAUAUGAACUUUAGGGUUCAUCUGCAGUACGAGUUCACGGCUCUGAAACUUGAUGAUUACCUUGAAAGGCUGCGGCUUUGUGAGAGCGAAGAUCUGCAGGUACAAAUAUCGGCAUAUCUGGACAACGUUUUUGACGUAGCAGCAUUGAUGGAGGAUAGUGAAACCAAGACAGCUGCGUUAGAAAAGGUCAAUGAACUUGAAGACGAGCUUGGACACGCGCACGAGAGACUAGCGGCAUUAGAAAGGGACGCAAUAGCGAAACUAGCAACUCUGGAGUCAGAGCUGGCGCAAGUGAGACAAGAGCGCGACCAACUGGCUGAGGCGAGGCGACAAGUUGUGGAGGAAGUGUCUACGUUGCGACGGGCGCAGCAAGAUUCACGCAAUCGACAAUCAAUGCUGGAAUCUAAAGUGCAAGAGCUAGAAUCUCUAACGAAAUCUCUACCACGUGGAGCUUCCAUGGGCGCAAUAUCAUCUCACGCGCUCUGCAAUGGCAACGGCACUACCAAUGGUCCCAUGUCCAACGGUUCCCCCACCACAAACGGACACAGUUCCCCCCACUUAACGAACGGCGACGUUCACACUCACAUUCCGUCUCCACCCCCUGCGCCGUCACUUCCCCCUCCUCCUCCAGCACCUCUUCCACCUCCUCCGCCUCCACCACCCGUUUUAAUUCCUCCGCCCGCUCCGCCAGCCCCUCCAGCGCCUGGACUUAUGCCAGCACCUCACCACACAGACGCUAUGACCAUAAAAAGGAAGGUCGACACUAAGUAUAAGCUACCCACACUUAACUGGAUCGCGCUUAAACCGAAUCAGGUAAGAGGCACGAUAUUCAACGAACUAGACGAAGAGCGACCCCGCCGGAGGAUCAAUUUCUCAGAGUUCGAAGAGAAGUUCCGAAUUGGCGGCGCGUGCGCAGCUCUACAACACAACGACGACACACUCACCUCAUUCCCAAGCAAGCGGUUCCGAAAACCAGAUACGCUCUCCUUGUUGGAACACACGCGGCUUAGAAAUAUCGCAAUAUCACGAAGAAAACUCGACACACCCGUAGAGAAAGUAAUUGCUGCGAUAAACAACCUCGACUUAAAGCAACUACCGCUCGAAAGCGUCGAAAUCCUUCAACGCAUGGUUCCCACAGAAGCCGAACAGAAAGCGUACAAGGAGUACGUCGCCGAAAAGAAGAACAUCAACCACUUGACGGAAGAAGACAAGUUCCUCAUGCAACUGGCGAAGGUCGAGAGGAUAUCAGCGAAGCUGUCCAUCAUGAGCUACAUGGGUAACUUCUUCGACAACAUCCACCUCAUCACCCCGCAGAUACACGCCAUAAUAUCCGGUUCAUCAUCAGUGAAAUCCUCGCAGAAGUUGAGAAACGUUCUAGAAAUCAUACUCGCGUUUGGAAAUUACUUGAAUAGCAGUAAGCGCGGGCCAGCUUACGGCUUCAAGCUGCAAUCGCUGGACACGCUGAUGGACACCAAGUCGACGGAUAAGCGUGUGUCUCUGCUUCACUACAUUGUCGCGACGAUUCGCCAGAAUUUCCCGGAGCUGUUGAACUUUGAUACGGAGUUGCUGUACAUCGACAAAGCCGCGCAAGUGUCGCUAGAAAACGUAUUAGCAGAUGUAGCUGAACUAGAACGCGGUAUGGAAGCAGCUAGACGCGAGAGCGAAGCGCGAGAUACUCAUCGAUCAGCGCACGCGCAUGUAUUGAGAGAUUUCAUCGCAAACGCCGCGGAGAAGCUGCGACGGCUGAGACACGAGACCAAACAUGCACAGGACUCGUUCGCGGCGUGCGUUGAAUACUUUGGUGAGGCACCCCGAGGCUGUGACGCGAACACUUUCUUCUCGCUACUCGUCCGGUUCACGAGAGCGUUCAAGCAAGCCGAUGCCGAAAAUGAACAGCGUCGUCGUUUAGAGCAAGCAGCCCAACAGGCUGAUCAUGUCGACCCCAACAAAGCGAAGAUUGUACAGAAGAAACAACAGGAGGCUGUCAUCAACGAGUUAAAAACGAAAUCGCAGGCCGUCGGCGAGAAAAAGCUUCUCCUCCAAGACGAAGUGUACAACGGGGCUCUCGAGGACAUCCUCCACGGGCUUCGCAGUGAGCCCUACAGGCGAGCGGACGCGGUCCGCCGCUCGCAACGCCGCCGAAUCAACUCCCACAGACUAUCCAAAGGCCUGGAGGAACUGGACAACGCGGUGUCAACGAUCAACGAACGCUGCGGCUUCAAGAAACGCCGCAAGGACCUGGAAAUGGUGCACAAGAAACCGAUCGCCAUCUACAAUAUCGAGGAUAAUAUAGAUUUCUGCGAUUUCGCUGCGCGUAAGCCGAAGAGUUCCACCUACAAAGUGGCGCCGUGCGAUGCCCAAGUGGAGGAGAGAUGCGAAAUCAUUAAGAGCACCUACGAGGUCAUAUCGAAGUACACGCGCGCCAUGUUCGACAAGACGAACGAGACGGUCGUGUGA